CACGCGCAUUCGUAACGAGGUCACUGACAGCAAGUUCCCUGCAACGCUCCUCUUCGACAAGCCAACCGCUACCUAAUCGAUUUCUCGGAGCUCCAGCACCUACUUCUGUAGUCGAGCAUGUCCUGUACGAUCCCAACCCUAAACACAACUCCAACCGCUUCGUUGACUAGCCUAGAACAACCACCGAUGAAAUGGUCGCUUGGACCCGCCAAUCAUCUCUUUGGCCCCUCAGCUUCGGCCUAGCCUGUUGUGCCAUCGAAAUGAUGCACUGUUCAGCGCCUCGAUACGAUCAAGACCGCCUCGGCAUCAUCUUCCGCGCAUCACCUCGUCAAGCAGACGUUAUGAUAGUAGCCGGCACAGUCACGAACAAAAUGGCACCAGCGGUCCGGCAGGUCUAUGACCAGAUGCCAGAGCCGAGAUGGGUGAUCAGCAUGGGCAGCUGUGCGAAUGGAGGGGGCUAUUAUCACUAUAGCUACAGUGUUGUGAGGGGCGUUGAUAGGAUUGUACCGGUGGACAUAUAUGUACCGGGGUGUCCACCGACGGCUGAGGCAUUGCUUUAUGGGGUGUUUCAGCUGCAGAAAAAGAUGAGGAAAACAAAAGUGACAAGGAUGUGGUAUCGAAAGUGAUCUUACAAGGUCGGUUAAACUCGCCUCGCAUGCCCAGGAGAGACAUACUUAUUACUAGCGAGGUAUGAGGGUCCAACAUUUGGAAUCCAUAUAGCCUAGGCCUGGAAUGUAUGCAUGUAAGAUAUCAACGCGUACCCAUGUGCCAACGUGGAGAGUGAUCGAUCAUAGGGAUGGUUUGUAGAAGUCAGAGAAAGGAAGGUGAUGGAUCAUGAGAGUGCUGUGGGUAAAUCGGACAACACGAAUUGAUUGAUCGAAAAGAGGACAGUGAUCAAUCAAUAGCAUUGUAGUGAGUGAUAAUACGAAGAGCGGCGAGCAAUUAUACGAGUGGCAGUAAUCCGCCAGGAGAGAAUGGACUGCGGAGAUAGAGAGAUAGAGAAAGAGAGCG